AUGACAGUAACGUAUUCGGCUGAUGUUAGCACUGUUCGAUUUGCCACUUUUGUCAAAUUAAUCUUCAGAUGGCGUGGUAGCAUUUGGAAAUCAAUUAUCAAUGAACUUGUUGCAUGGAUGAUUGCAUAUGCAUGUCUUUCUAUCCUAUACAAUUUUAUACUAGCAGAAAAUUACAAAAGAAUCUUCGAGAAAAUAUGCCGUUUAUUUGCAAAAUAUACCGAUGUAAUGCCAUUAACAUUUAUGCUUGGCUUUUUUAUCAAUGUUGUUGUUAAUAGAUUUUGGAAUUCAUUGCACAAUAUCGGUUGGAUUGACACAUCAGCUUUGUAUAUAUGCAAAUAUGUUACUGGUAACGAUGAUCAUGCUCGAUUAUUACGAAGGAAUUUAAUCCGCUAUUUACUUUUUUAUCAGGUACUCAUAUAUCGUGAUAUAAGCGAAGUGAUACGUCGGAGAUUUCCCUCAUUGGAAACAUUAGUAACAGCCGGUUAUAUAACAGAAAUUGAGCUAAUGCAAUUUAAUGCAAUUGAUUCGAAAAAUCGCAAAUAUUGGGUACCAAUUCAGUGGGCGAUGGGAUUAGCGCAACGAGCACGACGAGAAAAGCGCAUCGAAAGUCCACAAGGAUUGCAAGAUAUUUUCGAUAAAAUAAAUAUUUUUCGCAUACAAUUAUCACAAUUAAUUAUCAAUGAUUGGGUACCAAUACCAUUGGUUUAUUCGCAAGUGAUGUGUUUAACUGUUCGAUUGUACUUCUUUCUUGCAUUAAUGGGACAUCAAAAUAUUGCAUUAUCGCCUGAUGCAAAUUAUGUCGAUACGAUUAACACGCAUGUACCAUUCAUAUCAAUGUGUCAGUUCAUAUUUUAUAUGGGUUGGAUGAAAGUUGCCGAAGUUUUGAUGAAUCCAUUUGGUGAUGAUGACGAUGACCUGGAAAUCAAUUGGCUUAUCGAUCGUAAUUUGCAAGUCGGUAUGACAAUAGUGGAUCAAGCAUGGGAACCGCCAUUGAUUAAGGAUCAGUUCUGGAUGCUGAAGACACCGGAACCAAUGUAUAGUGUUGAUGCGGUCAAUGAACGAUACAAUCCGCAAACCGGAUCAGUUUCAAGCACCAAUUGCCGAAGAACAAGUAAGCAAAUGGUAAUGAAAGAUAUGCUUUAUCAAAAUUCAGACAGUGAUUUGCCAAGUAGUGAAUAUGAUGGUGGAAGAAGAAAUUCCACGUUAAGUACGACAGUAAGCGGAAUUCGUGAUGCAUUCAAACGACGGUUUUCACGUCUUGCAUCACGUGUAGAAUCUGUAACUGAUGCUGAAUCUCCAGUAUUUGAUGAAAAAUAUAUUAAAACAGAAAAUUAUAAUUCAUCGUUACCAUCGCUGCAACAGCAACAGCAACAAGAAAAAGUACAUGAGCAUCAUGGACUGAGUAUCCUUCAUGAAGAGGAUGAAAAUCGAAAACAAAAUUACGGAUGUGAUAGUAUUUCCGGACAGUCACCAUUAGUAAACGAUCAAAGUGAUAAUAAAAAAAGACAUUUGAAAAGGAAAGGACGCAAAUUGCGGAAGAAAAUGAGUGAUGUCGAACAUGAAAGUAUGCAAAAGGAAGAGGAGAAUAAUUCAAUAAAUUCAAGAAAAAAUAGUUAUGAUGGUGAUGAUGAGCAAGAAAGUCAAACUGAGAAGGAAUCGCCAAGUUUGUCAGCUCAAGUAUCAACAGAGGAAGUUAUAGAAGUAGCUGAAGAUUUUUUGUGA